AUGAAGGAGUGGCUGGAUGGAGCGACAAUUGUCAUCUCGACCAGCUACACGGGAUUGUCGGUAACCGACAUGACCGCGCUAAGGCGAGCGCUUCGUGAGAAGGAAGUUCGCUACAAGGUCGUAAAAAAUACUCUGGCAUAUAUUGCCGCGGACAACGCGGGACAGCCUGAGCUGAAAGAGAUAAUUCAGGGACCGAGCGCAAUUGCAUUUGGCUACGGCGAACCCACAGACCCAGCAAAGGCGCUGUCGCAGUUCAUCCGCGAGACUCGCUCACCUCUCGAAAUUCGCGGCGCGGUCCUGGACGGCAGGGUGCUUGAUGCGGCACAAGUUGAGCGACUUGCCAGCCUGCCGGGCAAGGACGAGUUGGUCGCCCUACUUCUCUCCCGAAUGCAGUCGCCGAUUUCAGGCUUGGUGAAUGUGCUGAACGGACCCAUAGCAGGACUUGCGCGCGUGCUGCAAGGACGUAUCGACAAUCUACAGGAACAACCGGCAGAGUAA